UGUAUGAAUUUGUAUUAGCGGGCCUUGGUUGUCAAUUCGGUGAUUUAAUCCCUUUCAAACGGCUUCAUAUCGUGGAGUUAUUGAACGCUGUGGGCCGGCGAAGACAAGAUACGAGAGCAUCUCUCACAGUGUAUGUGUGGCAACAAUAUGUCUGUGCCGCUUCUCGCCGAGGCUGUGACGGUGUCUGCCACCGAGAAGGAGACUGCUGCGGUUAUAUUUCUCCAUGGUUUGGGAGACUCAGGCCAUGGAUGGGCCGACACCCUGGCGGCAAUCAGGCUGCCCCAUGUCAAGUACAUCUGCCCCCACGCGCCUCGGAUCCCUGUCACUCUGAACAUGAAGAUGACCAUGCCUUCAUGGUUCGAUCUGAUGGGCCUCAGCCCAGACUCUCCAGAGGACGAGGCAGGCAUCAAGAAGGCCUCAGAGAACAUCAAAGCCAUCAUCGAUCAUGAGACCAAGAACGGUAUUCCUGCAAACCGUAUUAUGAUCGGGGGCUUCUCCCAGGGUGGGGCCCUCUCCCUGUACACUGCCCUGACUUGUCAGCAGCAGUUGGCUGGUGUAGUGGCUCUCAGCUGCUGGCUACCCCUCCACAAGACCUUCCCACAGGCGGCGAGCGGCAGCGGUAACAAGAACACGCCCAUCCUGCAGUGCCACGGGGAGAUGGACCCCAUGAUCCCGGUACAGUUUGGAGCCCUGACGUUCGAGAAGCUCAAGAGCAUAGUGAACCACGACAAGAUCUCCUUCAAAACCUACCCAGGGCUCCUGCACAGCUCCUGUCCACAGGAGAUGGCGGCUGUAAAGGAGUUCAUUGAGAAGCAGUUGCCUCGAAUCUGACCUCAGCUCAUCCGUUAUGACCCCCUCCUCAAAUACUUACCUGUCAUCCCUCCCCUCGACAUACCGCUGCUCCCCCACAACAGGAAACAGCCAUCAGUAUCCCCUCCCUUCACACAUUUAUGAACAUACACACCGACUUAAACAGUUGUUUUGAUACUUACCCAUAAACGAUUCCUCUAAAUGCGUCGCAAGCUGUCAAAAGUAAAAAGCUAACUAGGGAUUAUAGCUAGGUUUGAUUUGGUAUAUCUCCCAGGGGCCAAAUUCUCAGUUUUUAAGAAAGACCCAAGACCAGCUCAACUUCCUUUGUGAUUCAGGACCUCCCUUUUAUGUUCCCUGCUCUGCUUUUUCUCAGCAUCCUCUCUUCCUCCUCCAAAUCCUCUCCUCCUCCUUCAAACCCUCUCCUCCUUCUCCACAUCUUCUCCUCCUUCUCCAAAGCCUCCCCUUCUCUAUUUCCCUUCCUCUUUCUCCACCUCCUCUCUCUCCACCUCCUCUCUCUCCACCUCCUCUUUCUCCCUAGCCUCUCCCCCGCAACAUCCUCUCCUUUCUCCACCUCCUCUUUCUCCACCUCCUCUCUCUCCACCUCCUCUCUCUCCACCUCCUCUUUCUCCCUAGCCUCUCCCCCUCAACAUCCUCCUCUCUCUCCACCUCCUCUCUCCACCUCCUCUUUCUCCCUAGCCUCUCCCCCUCAACAUCCUCCUCUCUCUCCACCUCCUCUCUCUCCACCUCCUCUCUCUCCACACACACUCUGGUUCCUCUACCUUUUUCAUUUAGUUUUUCUCCCCCGGUCAACAUGCCUCACCCUAUCCCCAUCUCUUCCAACCACCAACGUGGUGUCCGUUACGACACAAGCCUAUAGUUCAAAUCAUGACUACCCCCUCCCCCCCCCCCCUGUUUAUCACUAGCUAACUUGCAGUGUUCGAGCUGUCCCAAGUCUCACAUCCAAUCAGAACACGCAUCAUGCUGGCUGACCGUUUCACUCGCUUUGACCCCCUGGGUGGAGGCAACCAGGUCGCUGUCUCUAUAAGAGUUGCUUCUAGAACUCUGAGACUGCGUGGCUUUCUGUUUCCAUCUGGAGUGACUGGUCCUUCAGGUUCUCUCCCCCCCCCCCCCCCCCCCCCCUCAGUUUGAAUCCCCUCUGCCCCCUAGAGGCGGAUGCUUCUAGCGAACCCAACUCCUCAUGGGUUUGGUGAAUUGACUACCGUGGUUCCUCCAUCUUGUUUUUAUUUUUAUUUUAUGAUUGUGUUGAAAUAAUAAAAUAAAAAAGAAGAAUGCAAAAGUGAAGAGAUUGAAAUAAAAAUUAAACCUAAGAAUGACCUUUGUUCUGCACUUUGAUUGAGAGUGAGUUAUGCGAUCGGGUUAGUCGGUUUCAAAUAUUCUUUUGGUAAAAAUGAAAUCCUUGAGGAGGGGGGUCAAUAAAUGUGAGAAGAUCGAGGGCUCUUUCCGCCAUCUUAGUUUUUAUCACUCCAGAUGGAUCCAGACCUUGACAACCUUUGCUGAGCAUCGCACAUUAACUAACCUACCCUACCAGCCUGGCAUGCAUGGCCUUCUCCCAUUCUUGGUCCCUCUUUAGGAGUUUAUUUACGCCUCAAUCUAACUAUAACCAUACGCAAUAAAAAUAUGCACACACAGAACGUCAACAGAUAUUUCUUAAUGUGUCCUAUCCGUUACAUUUGAUCUUUAAGGAAUUCUCCAACAUCUUGCUUGGACCCAGAAAUAAAGAAGUCCACUAAAAAAGUACAAUAAUGUUAAGCGCUAUUGUUGUAUACAUCUGAAAACUGCUACACACUGGAAGGGCUUUAGUAAGCUGUACAAGGGGAGGUUUUAAGGAGUAAAUCUUGAACAAUGUAUGACCUUUGGACAUAAGAAUAUUAGCUAUAACUCUGGGGUGUCUAGUGUGCUAAAAAAAAGAUCAGGUGUUUUUUGUUAUUGUUUUACUUUCAUUGCAUAUUCUACAAUUCCUGUUAUGAAACCUAAUUUAAAAUAAAUCUGUUAAUAGGAAAACUA